AUGAUUACAUUAGAAACAGAAUUAUAUAUUUCUCAAUUGCAACGAUGGCCAAAAGAAGGUCGUCAUAUUAUGGGGCAAUUUGAUGAUAAUUCAAUUAUUGUUUACCAAGCUUAUAACCCUUCCAUAGCAAAUUAUGCUGUUAAACAUCAAAAAUUUGGUGGACAGGAUUUUUCUUGGACUAGAAUGUCAUGGAUUAAACCUAAUUUUACCUGGAUGAUGUACAGAUCCGGUUGGGCUACUAAAAAUAAUCAAGAAAGAAUCUUGGCAAUAAAAUUAUCAAGACAAGGAUUUGAAGAGAUUAUAUCAAAAGCAGUACCAACAAAUUUCAAUUCCUUCUCACCAAUUUCACGAGAAGAAUGGCAAGAGAAAUUAAAAUCAUCAGAAGUAAGAGUACAAUGGGAUCCUGAUCAUAAUUUACUUGGAAAAAAAAUUCAAAGAAGGGCCAUUCAACUUGGUAUGAAAGGUGAUAUAUUAAAAAAAUAUUCUGACGAAUAUAUUAUUAGUAUAGAAGAUAUAACAGAAUUUGUUAAUGAACAAUAUGAAUUAAUUAAAAUGAAUAAGUUGGAUCAAGUUAUGACUCCUGUUGAACAAAUAUAUGACCUUGCUGAUAAAGUUUAUGAGUAG